GGGCGCGAGCGGGCGGCCGCGGCGCCUGCACCCGGUGGGGCGCUGAUGCGGCGCCUGGACCUUCGCUGCGCGACUUCGGGGGCGUCGGCCGAGUUGGCACUCCGCGAUGCAGCUCCUGAAGGCGCUUUGGGCACUCGCAGGGGCCGCGCUCUGCUGCUUCCUCGUCCUGGUGAUCCACGCGCAGUUCCUGAAAGAAGGUCAGCUGGCCGCCGGCACCUGUGAGAUUGUGACCCUGGACCGGGACAGCAGCCAGCCGCGGAGGACGAUCGCCCGGCAGACGGCUCGCUGUGCGUGCAGAAAGGGGCAGAUCGCGGGCACCACGAGGGCCCGGCCCGCCUGCGUGGACGCGCGCAUUAUCAGAACGAAGCAGUGGUGUGACAUGCUCCCUUGUCUGGAGGGGGAAGGCUGUGACUUGUUAAUCAAUCGGUCAGGCUGGACGUGCACGCAGCCUGGGGGCCGGAUAAAGACCACCACGGUCUCCUGACAAACGCAGCCCCAGAGGGGCCCCGGGAAUGGCUUUGGCUCCCUGGAGAGCCCACACCUCGGCCACGGUCCUCAGUUGGCCACAGACGCCACCCAUUCUCCGCCAUCCGCCCGCCCUCCGUCUCUCUGCGGCCCGUCCAGGACAGCCCGCCUCCUCGGCAUCCUGAGCUGAGUCUGUCCGGCUGCACCGAGGAGUCCAGCCUCGAACACGGUGGGGGCUGCGCCAGGCGUCGGGGAGCCUGGCCGCUCCGCGGAGGAGGAGGACGGCGCCCGGCCCAGGGGAGGACUGACUCUCGGGCGCAGAAGUGGCCUCUCCUUGUGCCCCAGACUGUCCGAAUCGCUUUUAUUUUCUUAUCCUUUCAGUAUACUCGAUAGACCAAAGAGCAAAAUCUAUUUUAACGCGGACUCGCCCUCACCGUCAGAGUCCCGGGUUCGAGUGGGGGGCACCGGGGCAGAGACAUGCCGGUGGCCCCGGCAGGGCGGAGAGGGCGGCCCCGGCAGAGGCCUCCGCCCCACGAACACUGCGAUGCCCUCUGAGGGGCCGAGCCAGCCGGAGGACCCCGAGGCAGCCCCGAGGGACGCGCGGCAAUGUCCCCGCGCAGACCCCUCGAGCGCGCCUGCCGGACACGGACGGCCGCGCGCACCCCGCUCCUCUGUACUUAGGUGGACUCGAUCGUACUAAAAUCACUUUCUGUUUUAACCAGUUAGACAUGCCUCUCUACAGCUCCAUUUCGAUGGUGGGAUAAUCCAGUAUUCGCCAAGAGCAUGUUGGGUCUCCCGUGACUGCUGUCUCAUUCGAUACACCAUUUAGCUCCAGAAAGCAAAUUAAAGGAAACGAAAGUAACACUUGUUUGAAAGAGAUCAUUAAAUGUAUUUUGCAAAGCCUAAAGUUA